AUGCAUGCUAUCCGCGCCUCCUCCAUUGGGCAGCUCCUGCGCCGUCCUCGCCGUAUGCGCACGCUGCCCGUUGCUUCAAUAUGGCGAGCCACGUCUACGCCGAUGCCGCUGCUACCACUCCUCGGUGUCACCACCCACAAGAGGCAAUUGCACGCUGAAGCGCUACUGUUGCCACCUCUAUACUUUUGCGGUCUUUUGAUCGCCCUAUGGACAUGGAAGUGUUUCAUGAUGGUCGUCUUCCAGAACAAGAUCAUUUACAUGCCAGGACUCCCGCCUAACGCGCGCCGCGAACGUAUAGAGGAUUACGCGAAGCAGUGCUGGGGCGUGCAGUGGGAGGAAAAAAGGGUUCGGGCUGCCGACGGGAAGGAUCUGGCUCUAUGCGUGGCCUCGGUUGAAUCUACUGGUGUCGAGAAGGCCACGUCUGACCAAGUCCUUACAAUACCGUCCAUCUACAUCCUCUACUUUCAGGGAAACGCCUCAUCCCUUCCCCCACGAUUGCCGGAUCUGUCAUGGGUCCUCAAGACACUGCAGCGAACCAAGCGGCCCGCGCGAUACACUAUGGUGUGCCUGAGCUACCGCGGGUACUGGACGUCGAGGGGUCGCCCCUCCGAGAAAGGCAUCAAUUUGGAUGCCCAGGCGGCUCAACGCUGGAUAGAGGAGGCGCAUGAAGACGAGGUCAGGCAUAGGCAGCAGCAGUGCCAGCCACUGCCCGCGCCGGGACUGGUGAUCUGGGGUCAGAGUAUCGGCGCUGGGGUAGCCACCAACCUCGCCGCCUACGAAGGGUUUCUGCCCAAAGUGCCGCUUAAGUGGCUGAUUCUUGAGACGCCGUUCACGUCCAUAAAGGCCAUGAUUGAGGUGUUAUAUCCCCAGAAAUGGGUGCCAUACCGGCAUCUAUGGCCUUUCCUGCGGAAUCACCUGGAUAGUUUGGCGAACAUCACUGCAAUUGCCAAAAAGCAUCCUGGUGGUUCGGACCACGAGAAGCCUCGGGUCACGAUAGUGGAAGCUGGUAGGGAUGAGCUAGUGCCGGCCGAGCAUGGCGCUAAGCUUGUCCAGCGCUGUGAGGAGGUCGGGCUGGCGGUUGAAAAGAAGACGGUCAAUGGGGCAUUCCAUAACAAUGCCAUCAUCUUGCUAGAGGGACGGAAAGCUGUUGCCGAAACGAUUGAGCAGGUUGCAGCUCAAUUGUGA